AUGAUACGCAGUAUCGCACUGUUCCAUCUCACACUCGCAGUCGUCCUGCUCAAGAAUCCCGCCCUGAUAUCAAACCAAGGGGUCGUUCUCCUGCUAGGAGAAUCAAUGCAACUUCCGACACCCCGCGACUUCAACAAAACCUCCGCAGCAACGGCCUUCAUAGCCGUCCUCUUCGCCUUCAUCGGCCUCUCCGACCUAACCGCCCUCUCUCUUCACGAAGAAGUUUUCGACCAUUUCUGGGGCCUACAAGCACCUAUGCGUCUCCUCUUUCUCUUUGGUAUCACUGCAUACUCGUACAUGUUCAAGGAAGGAGGCAUGUUCGCUCCUAGGGGCGUCGACUUCAGGAUGAGCACCGGUGCCAGUCUGAACAACAGCCUCAUCUUCACAUGGGGAUUUAUGGAGGUUUCGGCAUGGUUCUGGGUGUUUACCACGUUGAGGGAAGAGCGGUCAGCGAAGGCCACCAAACUGGCUGAGAAGGAGGCUCGGGAAGCUGAGAUCAAUACGCUAUAG